CCCAGAUGUGUAAUAUUUUCAUUCACCGUGUGUAAUAUGUAGUUUCCCGUGUGGCAACACUGAUAAAAUAUAUAGCUUCACGACUUCACUGUAUGUUAGAGCAAGACGACAAUAGUUCCAAGUGAAUAAUGAUAACCAUUCAAUUUAUAUGUACAUUUACCAAAGAAAAAAAAGAAGAAGAAGACUCAAAUACUUACUGUCCUCAUCAUCCUGAAAAUAAAAGGAAAUUCAAUAAAAAUCACAAAUUUAUUUAUUUAUAGACUCACCGCCUGAAUCUAGAUAAUACUGGAGUUGCAUAGAUACCGGAAGAAACGCCGACCAUCAAAUAAAAGCAUCGAAAAAGAACUGGGUCACAAUUUGUUGCUGGGAGUUCUCGGGAAAGAACUAUUAUCCACUUGAAAAAUGGCCGUACGUUUCGAUGCCUUGAAAACCAAACACCAGCUAUUCCAUGUAUCGAUAAGUUUGGGUGUCAUCCUAAUAUGCAUGACAUACAUGCAAUAUCGCAGAAAUUGGACACACUUGGGUAGCUUUUGGGAUUCAUUGAUUAUACCCAUUGUGUUUACCGGAGAAAUGUUAAAAGUCAUCCUGUGCUUCUACUAUGGUCGUCUUGAGGAUCCUACGCUGACACAGAAACAAAAACAACGCAAGGCUUCCUAUUUUACGCCCAAAGAUUUGGCUUCGGGAUUAUUGUUGCAAUUCCUGUGUACCGUGUUGUAUGGAUUUAUUUGCAUUAUAUUGGGUGCACCGGUUUUGCAGAACUAUGAACAGACAUUUGUUUUGUCAUUGCUCCUGACGCUGUUGUCGGUAUCGCCAACUGUGUUUCUGUUGGGCGGUGGUGGUGCCCUUCAAGUGUGGUUUUGUGAAAAACCUGAUUUCCUUACCAAAACCGAAGAGACUGCAUUGAACUUGUUCAAAUACAAUGCCUUGGGAGGUAUAUUGGGCGCUUGGGCAGGUUCGAUUGUUUCACCCUUGGAUUGGGAUCGUGAUUGGCAGACAUAUCCCAUACCGAAUGUAGUUGGUGCUUUAAUGGGCAGUGCUUUGGGAAAUAUUGUUGCUUGCACCCGUGUUUUGUAUGCCACCUUUAAGGUAUACAUGAGCAAGAAACGUUCAUAAGGCAGUGAAGGAGAAAUGUUCCACAUAAAAUUUAUUUAUUUGUGUUGUAAAUCUAGUCAUAAUUAAUGUCCUAUAAAUGAGUUAUUAUUUUAAGUAACCGAGAAAGACACACACACACUGCAGCUACAUUUUUCGGAAAGCUAUCGUCCAAGUUUGUGGAGUAAAAAUAGACCUCUUUUAUAUCCGCUAGACCCCAAGAAAAAACUUAAUUUUUUUCAUGAAGAAAUUGUUUGGCUGUUUUCCAAAUCCUUGCACAAAUAUGUCUGUUAAAGAUUUUUUGUUGUGUAUUUUCUUGCCUUGCAUUUUUAAACUAAAAAUAGCCCCCUUUUUUAUUGUUUUGAAAAAUAAUUAGAAUAAUAAUUUUGAAAUGUAUUAAGGAAAUCUAGUUCAUUUUGUUCUAAUUUCCAAAAAAAAAAAAAAACAAA